UCUUCUCUUCUCCCCUCAACCUUGCACACUCACACACACACACAAUUUAAACUUGAAAUUACAUGAUUUACACUUUAGUUACAGCACUAGCUUAGGUUUUGUUAGUGUUUUGAGUUUGAAGUAGAAGGAGAGUAAGCAUAAUAAUAAAUAAUUAAAAAAAUAAUUAAAUAAUAAUAAUAAUAAUAUGAGAAGGAGAACAAGUGAAAGGGAGGGGAGAGUGUUGUGAGCGUGUGAUGAAUCUUCUUCAGUUUGAGAGCAACGCUUAUUUGCAGCGUGCGACGGCGAGCUCGCACACGUGUGAGCGCCAUCCCGACGAGCUUGUCACUGGGUUUUGUGCCUCAUGCCUCCGGGAACGACUCGCUGGUCUAGAGUCACAGGCUUCCACCGCCCGCCGGAACUCAACGUCGUCGUCGUCAUCGUCGGCGUUUAAGUCGCUGUUCUUCAAGAGUAACCCCAACGCGCCGUUGCGCCGGUGUAAGUCCUUCUCUUGUGGCAGGGGAGACGGGUUCUCGGCUUCGUUUGAGCCGCAGAGGAAGUCUUGUGACGUUCGUGGCCGGAGUACGCUCUGGUCGUUGUUCAACCAGGACGAUCAGCUGAGAGGAGGGGUUGGUGGGGAGAUCGAGAUCGAUUCGUGUGGUGUUGCGGCUCCUGUGCUUGAGGAUGAAGAUGAAGCUGAAAUCAGGCCGGUGGAGCCUGAGCUAGUUGUGGAAACUACUGGGGAGAUCACGAGAGAGGAGGAAGAGGAGGAGGUGGUAGAGAAAGGAGAUAACUUGGAGCAACCGGAGUUGAAGCCUAUGAAGGAUCAUAUAGAUCUUGACUCCCAGACUCAGGCUAAGAAGCCGCCGGCGAAGGAGCGGAAGGAGAUCACCGGGGGAUUCUGGACGGCGGCCUCGGUUUUCAGUAAGAAGCUUCAGAAAUGGAGGAGAAAACAGAAGCUUAAGAAGCAGCGUAGCAGUAAGGCUGGGAAUGGGAUGCCAAUGGAGAAGCCGUCGAGCUCUCGGAGGUUCCGGGACACCCAGUCGGAGAUUGCUGUGGAUGCGUUUGGCCGGAGAUCCUGCGACACCGACCCGAGGUUCUCUCUGGACAUUGGUCGCAUCUCGUUAGAUUACUCUUGGGAUGAGCCGAGGGCGUCCUGGGAUGGUUAUCUGAUUGGGGGAAGAGCUGCAUUGUCUCGUUUUCCUCCUCCGAUGCUCUCCGUCAUGGAGGACCGACCUGCCGCCGUUGUCCAGAGAGCUGACGGUCAGAUCCCCGUGGAGGAGGAUUCCAUCAUCCCCGGAGGAACCGUGCAGACCCGGGACUACUACCUUGAUUCCUCCUCGUCUCAGCGCCGGAGACGCAGCCUCGAUCGAUCAAACUCUGUUCGGAAGUUAUCGGUUGAGAUCAAUGAGGCAAAGGCUGUGUCCAACACCAAGGUUUCUCCGGCCUCCGUUGCCGCAAAGUCGCACCUUGGGCACAAUGGGAUUAAGUCUGAGCGUGGUGAUUCGAGAGAGUUGAGCUACAAUUCUCUGAGGGAUGAUUGCUGUGAGAGCUUUGAUUCUGCUUAUAGAGACCCCUGCAAAGGGGGGCAGCCUAAGAAAUCCAAGAGUUGGAGCAAAAGAUGGAGCAUUUGGGGGUUUAUACAUUGGAGGAGUGGAAACAAGGGAGGUGCUAAUAAUGUGGUUGAGAGGUCAUUCUCAGAGUCAUGGCCGGAGCUCCGGAGACAGGGUUCUAAUGGCAAAAUGUUGCGGUGCAAUAGCAAUGUGAGUUCGAGGCAUUCGUUCAGUAGCAGCACUGGGUUUGGGAGCAUGCGGCGGAGUAGUGUCGAGACCAAUGGGCAUGGCAAGAAGAAGAAGGAUGAGUUUGUCUUGGAGAGAAACAGGAGUGCUAGGUAUUCUCCAAGCCAUGGUGAUAACGGUUUGCUAAGGUUUUACUUGACACCGAUGCGAGGUAGCCGGAGGAACGGUGCUGUCGCGAAGAGCCGAAAUAGUAGCUCUCAAUUCUUCACAAGAAGCAUGUUGCAAUUGUACUAAGACUGAGUGAGUUUCGACAUCAGGUGUUCUGUAAUCUUCCUAGGCUGUAGUAGCUUAAACUAUGUGCUGUUCUUUUUGUUGGGUGGAAGCGAAUGAAAUUGGCAUUGGCUUUUAUUUCUUA